UUUGCAGCCCUGUAGCGAAUUACGUAUUGUUUAUAUAAAAUCUCAGACCGCAGUUUUCACUUCGCUGUCUCUGUCCAUCGACAGACCAAGAGAAUCAAACAGUUUGGAAUCAUUUAAUACAGACAUAAAUUCAACAUGUAUCUUAAGAUGAUUGUCCCGGUUUUCGCGGUGAUCUUGGCCGUGGCGAGCUCCAUGCUGGUUGGAGGCCUUGUUGAUGCAGACAUGAAUGAUGAAGACGUUCAGAAUGCGUUAAAGUUCGCAGUGGUCCAGUACAACAGAAAAACCAAUGAUGCGUAUGUGCGUCAGGUUUCCGAAGUCAUCAAGGUCCAAACACAAGUUGUCUCAGGCAUGAAGUACAUCUUCACUGUGAAAAUGGCCAGAACCAGCUGCAGAAAGGGUGGAGUCGAGACCCUUUGCACAGUUCAUAAGAACCCUGCUAUUGCACAGGUCACUAAAUGCAAAAUAGUGGUCUGGAGCCAGCCAUGGAUGAACUCAAUUAAGGUCCUUGAAAAUACCUGUCCAUAGAGGACAUGCUACUAGUGCAGUUUGGGGAUUUUCAUCAUUCAUGCAGCAAUAAAAUUGACUUGCUUUUGCUAAUAUUGGAAAAUCUUUCCUGAUUUUUCCUGAUAACCUUUGAUGUCAACAACAAAUCAUGAAAUAAGAAUGCUUCACACUAACAUGUAACCAUGCAUUUCAUUAGACUCUUUCAAAUGAAAAAGCUACAGUUUUGAUGAAUUUCUAAAUAAUAAAUGGCACUUUUAUAUAUUUGUUCAUUCUUUACUAUUAAAACAUGGUUGAUUGAAAAA